CUUAAAUGUUGACAAGGCAAGUUGGGGUGUAGGAAGAAGCAGUUUCUGCGGUAAAUAACUGAAAUGUCGUUAAUGUGACACUGUAGCCUCUAGUAUCCCGGUUCCGUCCUCGUGUAGCUGCUCGGUUGCCAGUUUGUAACGCAACAAACGUUGAUUUUUUUCCCCCUCGGGUUAGUUUUGCUCGACCUGUUGAUGCAUAUAAAACACUGAAGAAGAAGAAGAAGAAGAAGAAGAAGGAGGAGGACACAUUUAGAUACUUUCCUCAGCAUGGACAUCCAGAACGAGAGGACGCGGCUGCUGGAUGGGGAGGAGGGCGGAGACGGGGAUCCUACCGGACUCAUGUCGGAGCAGGACGCGUACCUGAGCAAAGUGAAGAACAGGAACUUGUACCUGGCGACGUUCGCCUCCGUUCUGGGUCCCAUGAGCUUCGGCUUCGUGUUGGGCUACAGCUCCCCCGCCAUCCCCGAACUCACCAGGAUCGCCGACCCUCGGCUGCGGCUGGACGCCGACCAGGCCUCGUGGUUCGGGUCCAUAGUGACGGUGGGAGCGGCGGCCGGCGGCCUGCUGGGCGGUUGGAUGGUGGGGAAGAUCGGCAGGAAGCUCACCCUGAUGUUCUGCUCGCUGCCGUUCGUCUUCGGCUUCACCGUCAUCAUCGCGGCGCAGAACGUGUGGAUGCUUUACAUCGGCCGGGUGCUCACGGGCGUCGCCAGCGGGGUCACGUCGCUGGUCGUCCCGCUGUAUAUCUCUGAGAUGGCACACGAGCGCGUACGCGGGCUGUUGGGCUCCUGCGUGCAACUCAUGGUGGUGUUCGGCAUCAUGGGAGCUUAUCUGGCAGGUCUCUACCUGGACUGGCGCUGGCUGGCGAUCUGCAGCUCCAUCCCGCCGACGCUGCUGAUGGUCUGCAUGUGCUUCAUGCCAGAGACACCCCGCUUCCUGCUGUCACUGGGCAAGAGGCGGGAGGCCGAGGAGGCGCUGCGCUUCCUGCGGGGGCCCGACGCCCCCGUCGAGUGGGAGUGCGCCCGCAUCGAGGACGCCUGUAAUCAGCAGGGCUCUAGUUUCCAGAUGUCCGACCUGAAGGACCCCGGCGUCUACAAGCCUCUGGUGAUAGGCGUCAUGCUGAUGAUAUUCCAGCAGAUGACGGGGAUCAAUGCCAUCAUGUUCUACGCUGAGAACAUAUUUGAACAGGCGCAUUUUAAGGAGAGCGACCUGGCGUCAGUGAUCGUGGGUCUGAUUCAGGUCGUGUUUACGGGCGUGGCGGCGCUGAUCAUGGACAGAGCUGGAAGAAAAAUCCUUCUCAUAAUCUCAGGCGUUUUAAUGGCGAUCAGCACCACAGCAUUCGGGGUUUACUUCUACCUGAUGUCCAAACUUCACAGCACCAGCUCGCUGGGCCUCACGGACAUCCAGAGCCAGGCUGGCGUAGAACCCCACGCUGACCUGGCCUGGCUGGCCCUGGCCAGCAUGGCCGUCUUCAUCACAGGUUUUGCUCUCGGUUGGGGUCCGAUCCCGUGGCUCGUCAUGUCGGAGAUUUUCCCCUCCAAAGUGAGGGGGGUCGCCAGCGCCGCCUGCGUCCUCACCAACUGGAGCAUGGCGUUCCUCGUCACCAAGAACUUCCAAGACAUGAUGGGUCUUCUAACCAGCGCCGGAACCUUCUGGCUCUUCGCCUCGAUGUGCGUCCUCAACAUCAUCUUCACCAUCGCCUUCAUCCCAGAAACAAAGGGCAAGACACUGGAGCAGAUCGAGGCCACUUUUAGGGGCACAUCAGGUCCAUGAAGAGCCCCCCCCCCCCCCCACCCCUCACAUCACACAUGACAAAAACUGAAAAACCUCAGACCUGGUAUCUCUGAGCUGACUCGUCUUUGGGACACUGUGGGCAUUUCAUAUCUGUGUUAAGCCUGUGAAGCUGAUUUAAACACUAUAAAGAAUAAUAAUAAUAUAAUGUUCAGUUGUACGGAGGUGUGCUGUUGAACUGCUUUUUUAAUGGGAGGUGUUUCUAAUUUUUUGUCCGUCUGACUUGAACCCUUCAACAUUGAAGAAGUUGAUGGUCGGGCCGUUAAAUGCAGUUUUCUGCAGGUCAACUCCUUUAAAUCUUAACACAUCUAAGUGACUCCAGUGACACUUCAACUGCAGUAAAAUCAAACACGAGAGGGAAUAAAUCAUUUUAUUCAUUUAUAAAAUUACCUUUUUUAUUUUUCUUGUGCAUUUAAAAACUAAAAACACGUCGGGGAGCUUUAUUCAUUUAUUUUUCAUUCCACUGCGUCCCAAAAUAAAUGACGGAGCAGCCUUAUAAAUGUGCUUCAGUCACCACCAAUCUUCACCAUUUCACUGUAACUGCUCGUGGCUAUCGGCGCUGGUCUUGUUUAAUUGGACUGUAUUUUUGCAAAGAGGCUCAUUUGCAUAGAAAAGAGGCACGUUUUGCACCAAAUGUCUGCACAUUAUCUCAUUAGCACAGGAGCACAGAGAGGUGUUUAGCUCGGUAGCACGGUUUCUUUGAGUUUUAUCAGUGUGCUGCUACUGCCAGCAUGGAAGCUCUCCACUGCCCCCUGCAGGUCUCACUGCUGUCACUCACCUUCAUGUCGACGCGUUCACAUCUUCUGUGUGAUCGCCUUUAGGUCAUGUGCAUGGGGAAAGCUAUAAUAACACUGGGGUCUUCUCUACCUUCAUGUUUGGAUUAUUUACUGUGUAAAAGAGGAACAGAGGCUGUGAUGAGCUUGAGUUAAUGUCAGCUUUAAUAGAUUCCAGAGGGGUUGAGUUUUUAAUAAAAACAACCACUACUGCAGCGUGAUCUACUCCACUUAAGCUUCAUGUAUCAGCAGGUUCUCUACACUGAGAAGAUGUUUGGUUGAAAACAAGAAAUACUUAAAAAAUAACUUGAAAAAUAUUUAUCAUAAGUGUGGGCAAAAUGGAGACUUCUAAACGAAGUUGGUGUUCACUACUUUCUCUAUGUUCCCUUGGUCAGAAUGAUGUCUGGUGGGCCUGCUCCUUACACUCUAACAAAGAUGUUCUGAGCAGAAUCUUUACUGUCGUGGUGUUUUAGGAGAAAGCAUGCUGAGGUGACUGGACUCUGCUGUUUACACUGAUCGUUCAUUUAUCUGUGAAGUGAAUGUCAUCAGAGACAUGAAGUGAUAAUUAAACCGAUUCAGUGAUGGAAGCUUUAGUAAAACCUUGUUUAAUAACUGAAUGAAUACGGGUUUGUUUUUGUACUUUUUUUUUUUUUGGUAAUAAUUUGCUCUUACUCUUGUAAAGGAAAUGAAACAUUUGUUAACUGACUUGUAAAGAUAAUGAUGAUGUUCAAUGUCAUACUUCACUGAUGUCAUCUCAUUUGACUCUCAUUUGAAUAAAUAAUUGUCUGUUUUGA